CCACAUUAUCAGAAAGAGAAAUCUAAUAAAUCCUUUUCCAACUGAUUUAUAACAUCUCCGCCCUUACUUUCCGUACUCCACUCGCCGGCGGGGCCGGACUGACCUCGUUAUCACCGCCACCGGAUAUCUCCCACGAUGUCUUCGCUGCCUCCCGCCAUUUCUCCGCCCACAAACACCACUUUUCCGUUUCCGCCGCCGCCACCACCAGCACCGGAAGUCACGUUACCCACACAGACUCCUCCUCCUCCUCCUCCGUCUUUGACCCCAACUCCGGAAACGGGCUUGUUUAAUUCGUCGCCACCGCCUCCACCGUCUCCGGAAAAUGGGAACUUGUCGACGGGCACAAUAGUAGGGAUGAUCGUAGGUAUUGGGAUUGGAGGGAUGAGUAUGUUGGUUGCCGUGUGCGUUUUCUACAUUUUAUAUCGGAGGUAUAAAAGGAAGAAGAGGAGAAGGCACGGGUUGGAGAGUAACGGUGGAGGUGGAGCUCCGCCACACCCCAAGAAUGGACCUCCAGGUGCCCCAGCUCAGCAGCCGCAACAGAGUAAUGCACAUGUUAACAAUAAAUUAGUAGUGUUUCCCACGCCUACCCCUCCUGCAGGGGUUAUAUUAAAUUAUCCAGCAGCUUCAGCAAGCACCAACUCAGGCUCCGAGAAACCGCUCCAUGCACUAACUCCUGGUAUGGGCUUGGAACUUUCACAAGGUACAUUUACAUAUGAGGAAUUAGCCAAAGCAACAGAUGGUUUCUCCCCUGCUAAUCUUCUUGGGGAAGGUGGAUUCGGUUAUGUUCAUAAAGGUGUCCUUCCUAGUGGAAAAGUUGUUGCAAUUAAGCAGCUAAAAGCUGGGAGUGGGCAGGGGGAGCGUGAAUUUAAGGCUGAGGUCGAGUUUAUUGGUCGUGUUCAUCAUAGACACCUUGUUUCAUUGGUUGGAUACUGUAGCACAGGGAUUCAGAGAAUGCUUGUCUAUGAGUUUGUUCCAAACAGCACAUUGGAAUUUCAUUUGCAUGGAAAUGGGAGACCAACAAUGAAUUGGCCAACUAGAAUGAAAAUAGCUAUAGGCUCUGCAAGAGGGAUGGCAUAUCUGCACGAGGACUGUCAGCCUAAAAUAAUUCACAGGGACAUCAAAGCAGCUAAUAUCCUUCUUGAUAAUGACUUUGAGGCGAAGGUUGCAGACUUUGGUCUAGCUAAGUCUUCUCUAGAUACUGAUACUCACGUCUCUACCAGGGUCAUGGGAACUUUUGGGUACUUAGCUCCAGAAUAUGCAUCUAGUGGAAAACUUACAGAUAAGUCGGAUGUCUUCUCCUUUGGGGUUGUGCUUUUGGAGUUGAUUACUGGACACCAUCCUAUCGAUAAAUUUCAUUCUUUUACAAAUGAUAGCAUGGUUGAAUGGGCAAGGCCUUUGCUAAUGCAAGCACUAGAAAAUGGCAACUUUGAUGGUCUUGUUGACCCUAAGUUGAAGAAUGAUUACAACCCCAGUGAAAUGACUCGAAUGGUUGCUUGUGCUUCUGCUUGUGUUCGUCAUUCUGCCCGACUUCGGCCACGAAUGAGUCAGAUACUUCAAGCUCUGGAAGGACAUAUAUCUUUAGAUGAUUUGAAUGAGGGAAUUAAGCCUGGUCAUAGCACCAUAUAUAGUUCCUAUGGAAGUCAAGAUUAUAUGUCUCACCAAUACAAGGAAGACAUGGAAAAAUUCAAAAAACUGGCACUACAGAGCCAAGAGCAAGGCACUAGUGAGUACAGUUUGCCUAGCACGGAGUCUGGUUUGAACCCAUCAGCCUCGAGUACAGAAGACCAACAAACAACCGAAGAAAACCAAAGAAAGUGAAGAAAGACAUCCCAAGCUUUAAAUGGAAACUAGUUAUCUGCAGAAAUGGCAACCUUUUUUCCCAUUUCCUUCUCAUUUCUAUUCAUUCAUUUUGCAUCACAAUUUAAGGCAUUGGAGCAUUCAAAGUAAUCAAAUAAGUUCUCAGGAGUCAAGACCUUAAGAGAGUAGGAAAGUUUUUCGUUAGUCCUACUACUACUAAGUGUAUAAAAAGGCAGCAUUUGUUUGAGAGAAUUAGAAGAAAGGCUUGAGCUACAAAUAAUAUCUAAAAUUAGUUUGGCUAUUUUUAAUUUAUUUAUUAUUUGUAUAUGAAAAGCAAUAUUGAAAGUUCAAACAUAUGAUUGGAUUUUAUGUAGCUAUUUUUAUAAAAGAUUAUUGUGCAUGUUAUAUAUAUAUAUAUUUUUUCUUUA